AUGAACCCAUUUGAUAAAAAACAAGAAUCUGAUACUAAUACAAAAAACCCCUUUUUGACUGAAAUGGACUCUGAAUUUGCUGCGCUUUCACCAAUUUCACUCCCUUUUGCUGACCCAUCUUCUCCUUUUAUCAAUUUUGGAUCUUUUGCCACUCCUUUGAGCCAACACCCAGUUGGAGAAGGAGAAGGAGAGGGAGGAGAAAUUGAACAGCCAGCUGAGGAAGGAUUGGGUGUGCCGCACCCUAUGGAGUGUUUACAUGGGAUACAAAUUCCGCCAUUUUUGUCAAAGACUUUUGAUUUGGUUGAGGACCCUUUAUUGGAUUCGAUUAUUUCUUGGGGUAGAAAUGGAGAAAGCUUUGUAGUUUGGGAUCCAGUGGAGUUUUCAAGAUUGGUUCUUCCUAGGAAUUUCAAGCACAGCAAUUUCUCCAGCUUUGUUCGACAGCUUAAUACAUACGGAUUUCGCAAAAUCGAUGCUGACAGGUGGGAGUUUGCAAAUGAAGGGUUCUUGAGAGGGAAGAGGCAUUUGUUGAAGAAUAUACAGAGGCGAAAGUCACAUCAGGCUGGAAGUUCUUCUGGAUUAUCUGCUGAAUCAGGGAAAGGUACUAUGGAUGAGAUAGAGAAACUCAGGAAUGAGAAGAGUUUGAUGAUGCAGGAAGUUGUUGAGUUGCAGCAGCAGCAGCGUGGGACAGUUCAACAAAUGGAAUCUGUUAAUGAAAAGCUUCAGGCAGCAGAACAAAGACAGAAGCAGAUGGUUUCAUUCUUGGCCAAGGUGCUUCAGAAUCCUGCAUUCUUGGCUCGUGUUCGGCAGAUGAAGGAGCAAGGAGAAAUUACUUGUCCAAGAACAAUGAGGAAAUUUGUUAAACAUCAGCCACAUGGUCCGGAUGGAGUGGGGUCGUCUUCCAUGGAAGGGCAGAUAGUCAAGGUCAGGUCUGACUUUCAAGACCUUGCAGCAUGGUUUGAGAACCCAGAUUUCAAUCCAGUUGUGGAUCAACAACUCCCAGAAACUGGUUUAGGAGUGGAAGCCAUGCCUUUUGAAGGUGGUACUGUUGCAUCUGAGGGACUGGCAGUAGCACAUGAACUUUUUAAUUGUUCAGAUCGGGAAAUAGGAGGAGCUUCAUUCUUUAACCCCGAAGGCUCUCAUUUCAAAGGGAAGAAUGUAGCUAGUCCUCAAUUAGAAGUUAUGCCUGAGUACUUUGCCUCUUUUCCAGAGGAGAUGGGGAAGGAGAAAAACAUUUCAGGAUUUUCCUCACCAGCUAUUGGAAGUAUGGUGAAAGACGAGGAACUUUGGAGUAUGGGUUUUGAAGCCAGUGCUGGCGCCGAGUUAUGGGAUAGUUGUAGCAGCUAUGUCCCAGACUUCGGUGUUAGCUCUGGUUUGUCAGAUUUGUGGGAUAUAGAUCCCUUGCAGGCAGCUGGAAGUUCUGGGGUUGAUAAGUGGCCAGCUGAUGGGUCUCCUUUUGGUCAGUCUGAAAGCCAUGCCAACCAGCCCAAGAAUGAUAGUUUUUAGGAAAGAGUACCCUUGGGCCUUCAGUGUGCCAUUGGGAUACUAGCCAUCAUUUAGUUGAUGGGACAUAAUAUUGAAUGAGUGAUUAUAAAUAUUUUAGUUGAUAAUUA